GGGGGGUGGGGGGGGGGGGGGGGGGGGGGGGGGGGGGGGGGGGGGGGGGGGGGGGGGGGGGGGGGGGGGGGGGGGUGUGGGUGUGGGGUGUGGGUAUGGGUGUGGGUGUGGGGUGUGGGUGUGGGGUGUGGGUAUGGGUGUGGGUGUGGGGUGUGGGUGUGGGGUGUGGAUGUGAGGUCCACACCCACACCCUACAAUCUGUAGGCGAGAACUAGUUUCCAUAUCAUAAUUCGAUAGAGAGGUACCAUUGGUGAGCCAGAUUAUCGUGAUACCAAUACGUAAUGAUGGAAGACGAAGAGUUGAAAGAUUGUGCAUAUUUUUAUUAUCACUUUCUCUGGACAUUUAUACAAAAUAAUGUUUAUGCGGCACGCUAAGUGACCCUUGAGAUUUCGAAUAGCAAAGUUUUAUUUCUUUGUCUUUCGUAAGAGAGAAACUGAUAAUACUUUACUUUCUCAAAUGAUAUAUAUGUAAUUAAUGACCCAGAAUAUUUAUUCUUUUCUCAUGAAGUUGGGAAAGUACAUUUUUUUCAAUAUAACGAUUACAAAUUUAGACAAUACACAACUUUAUACAUAUAAAAAUUAGUGCUUAUGAAAAAUGAACUGAAGAGCAUAAUUUAUAAUUUUUCUUCCCAUUAUAAGCGAUACAACUGCAGAAAUCUUUAAAUCCCAAAGAAUUAGGUGUAAGCCAAUAAUCACAAUAGAAUAGAUCCAAGAAUCGAAUAUGCCUUGUUAUAUAUUUAAAAGAACAUCUAGAGAAUGAAUGAAGCACAUGCUAUUAGUUCACAUGAUGAUUAUUUUAUGGCCUCUGUUGAUAGUUAUAGUCAAAGAAAAAAGUAUGGGAACACUUCAAGAAGACUCCAUCAAACGAUCGAAUGUACGAGGCGUUCAAUAAAUUUCGUUUGAGGAUUGGCGUAUUUUUCACGGCGUGGGCGUGGCUGUUGUUCUUUUCUUAACCUACAUCCAAUAGUUAUCUUUUACAACUGUAUAAUAAUUGCAAUAGCUAUAUGAGUCAAUCUAAAUUGUACAGAUAUUUUCAAAAAUAAUCUUUUAAAAGAUAAAAACUAAAUAAAUGAUAAACCUAGUUCAAACCAUGCUUUAGUAUAUGAUUGAAAGUGUUUCAUAGCAAGACAAAAAGACAUUUUUGUCAUAUAAGCUUUUAUGGUUAUAUGAGAUGUUUCGUCAAGUUUCUUUAUCUUCACGUACAUAGAAUCAUUUCUUCAAAUUGUUUGAACAUUAUUUUUUCGUAAGCAUUUACUUUGACGAAAUAGAAUGAGUAAGUUUGUUUUUCAUCCAUUAAUGAACACUUAUAGUUUUUCUUUAUCUAAAAUAGCAGUUGUUUUGUUUAUGAUUAUCUUUUUAAAUAAAGAAUUAUUUCAAAAUAUUAUCAAUAAAAAUUUACUCUUGUUAAAUAAAAACAACGAACAUGUGAGAGAAAAACAUUAGCAAUGACACAUUAUGAUUAUUCAAAUAUUUCUUGUGUGAAAAACAUAAUUAUUCAUUGAAAUAAAGAAACACAACGAACCCAGAGCAAAAUAAAGAGUAAAUAAUGAUGUCAUUAGAUGUAACCAUGCGGAGGUGCACAUCAAAUCAAUAAAAAAUAAGGAAAAAUAAACUUGGAGGCAUACCUUAUGUUUAUACGUCUGCUUUGACGCUAUAGGUUAUUUUCUUUUUUGUUACAGUCGAGAAAUUUUUAUCAUCCAGCGUCUUUCCUAUAAUUAUAACAAUAAAAAGAAUUAUAUAAAUGUAUAUAUUAAAUUCAGUUUUUAUUCAUUGAAAACAAAACAGGAAGGUAUUUCUUAGUAUUUUACACUUUUAGUAAUCCGUUAAUAUAGCUAUACAAGAUGGUAAUUCUGCUACUAUCCAAGGAUUAGAAUCUGAUUUAUGGAUUGAACAAAAUAUUCCUGCUGAAUUAAACAGUAAAUAUUCCAAAUAG